AGCCUCGAGAGGUCAUUCGGGUUCGAUUAAAGUCGUUGUAUGAAGAGAGCUUCAUCAGCAAUUGCUCUACUUUGCGCUGUGCCAUUUCAACAAACUUCGCCGGCCACGAUCGAUAAUCCAGCACGCGCAGUAAACCCGAAAUCUUGUAUAGAGACCUAUCACGCUCGCAAUGCCUCCCGUUGCUCCUAUCAAUGCUGGCCAGCAUGGCCCCUCCAACGUGGAUAAACUCAAGAUGGGUGCCAUGAUGGGUGGAACUGUUGGUGUCAUCAUGGGUUUUGUCUUUGGAACUGUCAACAUUUUCCGAUAUGGAGCCGGUCCUAACGGCAUUAUGAGAACUCUCGGUCAAUACAUGCUGGGCUCCGGAGCAACUUUUGGCUUCUUCAUGUCCAUUGGUAGUGUCAUUCGAUCCGAUGCCGACCCAAAACUUCACGAAAUGUACAUGCGAGCUCAACGUCGGCCUAUAAUGUUGAUGGCCAACCCCGCGUGGAGGAAAUCAUGAGAGCAUCAUAUCAUACGAGACGAGAGCAAUACCCAGUCGACUUCGACUUCCACCCUGUACAGUCUGGCCUCUGAUGGCCGCAAUCUGUAAAAUACAUAUCAAAAUUAUUUCGAAAUGGACCAAUCUAUUGUCAAGUCUCAGGCCCACCAUCGAUACAGUGCAUCAGACCAGUCAGAGAUGUCUGUUGGUCUCACGAUGCAAGGGUUUUUUGUCAUGCUGUCAGACCUUGCAGACCGCUGCG